AUGUCCACCUCCACCUCCUCCGACUCCCAACCCCUCAAAUCCUACCGCGGCAACUGCCACUGCGGCGCCUUCAUCUUCACCCUCCUCGUGCCCGAGAUUGUUUCCGCAGCAUCCUGCAACUGCUCCAUCUGCCGCAAAAAGGGCUACCUCUGGGUGAUCCCCGAUACCACCAAGGGCCACAAGUUCGAAGUCGUCAAGGACGAAGGAAAACUAACCGACUAUGUGACGGGUCCGAAGGGGACGAAGAACCAUAAGUUUUGUGAGGUGUGUGGGACGGGGGUUUAUGCUGUUUCUUGUGAGAAGGAGGAGCAGGAAGAAGAAAAUGGGAAAGGGCGGAUCUGGGUGAACGUGAGGGCUGUGCAGGAGUUGAAGAUUUGGGAUUUGGAGAUUAAGGAAUUCGACGGCAAAAGCAUCCCACCCCCUUACCAACCCGCCCCCUUCGACGGUCCCGAACCCACGGCCGAAGUCGAGAACGGGGUCGUCUACCAUGGCUCUUGCCACUGCGGUGCCGUGAAGGUGGCGGUCAAGACUAAAGGGCCACUGGAUAAGACGUACAAGGAGAGGGUGUUUGAUUGUAAUUGUAGUAUUUGCCAGCGGGGCGGCUACAUCUGGAUCUACCCCUCCUCCCCCGACCAACUCUCUUUCACCCCCGAAUCCCGCUCCAACCUCACCUCGUACGCCUGCCUCAAAAAAUUCAUGUGCAAGACCUUUUGCAAGACGUGCGGCGUGCACCUGACCAACGGGGCCAAUCCGGCCGUGACCGAGGACGAGAUCAGGGCCAAGGUAGGGGAAGAGAACGCGGAGAUCACGCUGAGGUUUCUCAAAAGUAACUGGCCGAUUACGGUGAGGUGUUUGGAUCGGUGUGUGGGUGAUGAUGGUUGGGAUUUUGAUGGCAUGAUGAAGGAGUUGAAUGUGGUGCAGGCGGAUGGAUGGGGGAGGAUUCAUCCUGGGUAUGUGAAUCCUUGA